CCUUAGUGUGCACUCUUCUCUCGUCUUCUUGUUGAUCUACUUCUCUCUCCUGUAUUGCCUGCUAAUGCAAUGCAUACGGCUUUUCACAUGGUGCUGCGGUUGUGGACGUUCUGCCGCCUCCGCAAGUAUCCAGUCGAGGAACAUUGGCGGUCCCUUCUUAGAGCGAUCGGAUCGGUUCCAAAGGGAGAUGGAGACGGGUAUCACGUGGUAUGUCCAUCGGGAUAGGCACAUUGAAUUCGGUCCCACGGAAGCUCUAGCACACGGAGACCAGUGUGGCCUACACGGCUAUUGGUUCUACAGCGUGAAGGAGCUGUUGAACAUUGUAAGAAGCCACCUACCCAAUCUUAAAGACGAGUAUCGCGGAGGGGAUGAACGAGGACAAGAGAUCAUGACGGGAGGGAAGCUUACUAUGGCAUUGGAGUCCUGGUUCGAGUUGUCAAGAGCGUGGAAGGCUUGGGACACUUUUGAUCUGUUCGUGUCUAAUGAGACGGCGUGCUUUAUUCAGGAUCUGCCGCAGACGAGCCGUUGUAGACACGACAUAGAUGCGGGUCGCGACUUUGCUCAAGCAGAAGGCUAUCUUGCGAUGCUGCAGGUGCUCAUAUGCUGUCCGCCAGACUCCGUCUACGCGGAGCUUGCAGCUUCUACCCUGGCCGGAUUUGCUGCAGGACUUUCUGUCCUCCCUUGGCAGCCAGAUCGCGACAGCGAGGAUACCGACUUCAUCAUCAAUAUGCUCGCAGACGACGACUUUAGGUACUGCACCAAGAGUUUGCUCUACGUCCUGCUCGACCUGCUGGAACCGUAUGCGUCUGGAGCUUCUGAUCCAACAAGCGUUCAAAAGCUGCGCGUUCAGGAAGCCGCUGCCUCUGCUAUCUGCUCGUUUGCGCACGCCGCAAGCGAUGUCAAUGCGCUUGUUCACUGUGCUGUCGGAAAAGCUCUGCGAGCUAGUAGGCAUUUGAAUGACGAUCACCCGGCAAUGAGGGGGGAUUUCCUGAGCAAUCAGAGGACGGUGUCGAUCCUACUGAGCUGUGCGCAGCGUGAGGCUUCGCGCAAUAUUGCUGCGGACUGCAUCAGGACUCUAUCCUGGCUGUGGACACGUAGGGUGAUGUACUGGCAUCGGCACGACUUGAGGAUGACGAAGGACAACGAAUAUCAUCGAGCUCAAGGUGCUACGAAUGCCAUUAUGGUGGAAGAUUUGCCUCCUGCUCUAGCUGACAUGGGAAGGGAUAGCAGAGAGGUGAAUCUUCAGGUGUUACGGCGGCUGCUUGAGCUGUGCCUGGCUAAUCCGACGCCGUUCUCCGCCUUCUCGCAGCUGCACUUGGCAAAGAUCUUCAUCUCGCAGAAAGUCAAGGAGGCCGACACAGGUGUUGCCAUGCUUCUGCUGGAGUGUCUUAUCUACUGGCGACGCGCACUCGGGACGCGGGAGUUGGAUUGGUUCGCUAUUGAAACAAUUGAAUCGCUGCGAGAUCUGCUUCACGUUGCCUCCGAAGAGAGCAAACGAGACCUGAAGCUCAAGAUCUCUAAAUCCCCUGGAGGGGUCGAUUGUCUUAGGUUAAUGUUCAAUCCACAGGUCAGUCGAAUUCGAGCGGUCCGAUUCUCUCUUAAUAUGGAGAACUUCGAUCAAUCCUCAGUUGAUUUUCUCUCAACGCCUCGAAUAAACUCCUGGUCAAUGACGGGCAACGACCACCCAACACCGUGCUCGGCGGCCGCUGCUGGACUCCUAGCGGACUUGCUUGAAGCGGGGCGAAUUGCAAUGGCUGGGAGGGACGCGGCCCAACAGGUAGUAAGCCCCAGCGAAACCCAAGCGGGUAGUGGCGCUUCCCCUCGCACCCCUUGUGAUGGCACAGCAGGGCCAUCUGCUCCUGGGGCAGAUGCGCCAGUGGUGUCUGGGCAGGGCUCGCAACGGAGUCGUGCUGCCCUUGGCACCCUCGUGGUGCAAAGCAGCAGACCAUCCUCUGCUCAUGCAGAGGGCGCGCAAGGCGACCGGCCUUCCGGAGACCGGCCUUCCCUAGAAAGGCCGCGUUCACCAGAAGUGAACGAGAUCGGCGACAACGUAACCAUGGUGCGUGCAUGGCAAACAGAUCCACCCCCGCGAUCGGACCGGACAACAACCUGCCGCAGAGUGAACGAACCUGGACAGGAUCCAAGACGAGUACCAGUGGAGGUGGAGAGCAUUCUACCCGACAAUCCUAGCCAGAGAAGAAACUUCUUCGCGUCAUUAUUCAAGAGCCUAGCGUACAUUCUUCUCGCUGCGGAAAGAAGGGGUCGUCAAACCUUAGGUUCCCGACAACACACAGGUUGUCGCAUUCGCAUCAAGAAUUACGGCCAUACAUUUUUUGCCCGGAUGGUUCUGAUCUUCUGGGCGUCUCUGGGAAAUCCGGCCUGGGUACCUGUAAUCGGCUUGUUCGAGGACUUAGAGGCAAUUUGCAUUGUAGACGAGAGGAUGGAGGUACUCGAACACGACUUGAAUUCCUUACUGGCGACGAGGAAUGCGAUCAGAGUCAUCAAGCUCGUGCUCGAGGCUUACCCACCACAAGCUCUCGAUGCCAGGCUCGUGACGGUGCUCAUCCCUCCACUGGUGGACCUCCUCAGGAAGCCUUGUGCCAGACUGCACGAGCGGCUUCAUCUUGAUUACCUAGAGAAUAGAUGUAAUGCUGACAUCAGAAGCGGGAUAGUAGCAGUUUUGAGGACAGUCGUUGGCCGGAUCGACGAGCUAGGAAGCGAUCCGAGUGAGACUGAGCUCCAGAUCGACCCAGCGCUGCCGUCGAUCGCCAGGCUGCGAAUGGCGGAGAGGUGGUGGCUUCGUUGGUGCGAAGAUAACGAAGUAGGUCCGACUGUUCAGGAGCCCAGUACCAACUUUCCAGGGGGGUCACCAGAUGACCAAUGGCAAAUGUUCCAAUCUGUACCUGUGCGCCAAGGGCGACCAGAUAAGGCGGCACCGGUGAGUGAGUCAACAGCUGGGACCGGACAGUGGUCUGCUGGAGAGCAGCGCGGUCUGACUCCUUCUGAGAGUAAGUACUAGCUGUAGAUUACCGCUAGUGGAGUAGGAGGUAGGCUAGGAAGGGAGAGACGGUUCUUCAGCAGCAGUACAGGCCUUGGGCCAGC